AUGUUUGUGCCUCUGUUGGCAAUCAUUGCCUUACAGUACCAGAUAGUGACAGCUACGGAAGUCUCAGUUACGGUACCUCCUGAGGCGCUUGUCACUCCUGGUCCGAAACUCUACAAUCGCGCGUCUUUGUCGUUAGGUGACCCUCGGUUUCUCGGCUGGCAGGUUGAUGGCGGAACCGUCUAUCAGCGAACUUGCGCCAGUGGAUACACGUAUUCCGUUAGCUCACCAUAUUUCGCAUGUUGUAACACUGCCGCGACAACAUGCUCUUUCGUGAACAACUGUAAUGGCUUCUAUACUGCAGUUUAUGCUAGCUCUUCGCUCAGCUGUUCCGACUAUUGCAUCACGGGAAGGAUAUUUGCUUCCGUCAGCGAUGAAUCACCUUUGACGUAUUUGGGAUGCGGGAGCAGCAACUAUUGGGCCGUGCAGAGUAAAGAUUCGUCCGGUAUAAUGGACUGGACUCCUGGAGCUCCUUCAGUAGUAACUCAAACACUCGUCAAAACUACACAAGCAGCAAAAUCUACCUCGACUACACCGGAAUCCACACCCACAUCCACAUCCACAUCCACACCAGGCGCAUCCCCGGCUACCACAGGUCCAUCGUCCCAGACUACCACCCCAGUGCUACCUGAACCAGCCAAAUCUUCAAAUAACGGGGCCAUCAUCGGCGGUGCUGUCGGUGGAUGUGCUGUCGCCAUCGGGCUCAUCGUCCUUGGAGUCCUCUUAUUCCUUCGUCGCCGGAAGAACAACGCUCAACCACCACCACCACCAGCUAUGGGAUCUCCAAUGGCCCAGCAACCAUAUCCCGCUCAAUUCCCGCCCGGAGAUAUGAGACCCAACUCAUACAUGCCUCCCAAUUCGCCGCCGCCGCCUUGGGAUGCAGCGCAUGGUCCACCACCACAAGGGGGAUAUUUCGCACCAGGUCAAAAACCACCCGGACAGCCUUACCAGUACGAAGCUGUUCCCAGUAACGCGCCUGGCGAGCACCCCCCACACCUGUAUCCACAGGGCGUGGCCGAAGUGCAGGGCGUGCCAACUCCACACGCUGUUGAGUUGCACGGAGCAUCGAUGCAACACCCUUGA